AACAUUAGACGUUGAGAUGAUUGAAGAACUUCAUAAGACGAUACACAAAGAACAGAAAACUAAAAUAAGUCGAACCUUGACAUUAAGUAAAGACCAUCAUGAGACCCCUAUUCAAUGCAAACAAGUAGACCAUGACAAAAUAAAUAAAAUGUAUGAGAAGACGCUGACUAUGAAACUACAUAAUAAAAUGAAUUUUGGUAUGUUCGUAAACGGUACAUCACAUUAUGAAGAUUUUGAUUACGACUACAAUGAAGGGGACAUAGUGAAUGUAACAUGCACUGUACAUGACUAUGCUGAUAUAACAUUAGACGUUGAGAUGAUUGAAGAACUUCAUAAGACGACAUACAGAGAAAGGGACUCUAAAAUAAGUCGAAGCUUGACAUUAAGUAACCGCCAUCAUGAGACCACUAUUCAAUGCAAGCAAGUAGACCAUGACAAUGUGAACCCAAUGUUUCAGAAGACGCUGACUAUGACACUACAUAAUAAUAAUAAUAAAAUGAAUGCCGAGAGGCCCAAGACAGAUAACAAUUCGCAUAUGCAGAAGACCACUGAUGUUGAUGAUGAUACACAUGCAGGAAAUGUUCCGAUAUGGCUGUGGAGUCUGAUCUGUUGCGGAUGUAUUAUCCUCAUUCUAAUUUCUAUAGCAAUAGUGAAGGUUACAAAGAAUCAGUGCCAGACAAUGCAACAAUCCAAUAUGGAGUAUGAAAACCUUGCAGCACAACAGAAUCAACCUUUUCCAAAUUCUUCGAGAAUCGAAGACAUAUAUUGUAAACCAGCUGACGUGAAAUCAUCGUCUGAAAAUGUAUACGCGCAACCGUACAGACCGAACGAUGUCGCAGAUUUAUACUCAGUACCAAUACCAAAGAAUAGAAGAAAGAAUCCUCCCACUGAAUGCCUAUAUGCCGAACUAAACCUACACAAUAACGAAAUUGCGUCAAAAAGGCCGCAAGUAAAAGAAAGCGAUUACGCCUGUAUAGUGCCACCUUCAACCAUUAACGCUGAUAAGAUGCGAUCGAAAAAUAACGACUACUCCAAUGUAUUCGACAAUGAUCAAUACGUCAACAACAAGGACACAGAAUAUGUGGAGCCUAGCUAUUGUGAAGUGGUACGUAAAAAUAAUUAAACUUAAUUUAUAUAACCUAUACUGGAAUUAAUGAAAAUACUCAUGAGUGAAGAUCAUAUUAUAAUAAGAGUGAAUUUGAAGGUACAAAAGAAAACGAAUUCGGAAGGAUGAAAAAAGACAUUUUUAUAUGUUUACUGAUUAUAGAGACACCUCUUAGAAGCGAAACCAUUGUAUGUAGUAAGAUAGCCAAAUAAAUAACGGAAUUUGAUAAAACCUAACUGUCGUAUAGUGGUUAAGUGUUCGCACCAAAUUUAGUAGUAUCACACAUAUCAAUAAUAAACUAGAAUAAAAUAAUUUAUGCUUAGUACCCAGUAGAAGGGACUUAUGGCUAACUGUCGUAAAUUCAGUUCUAUGAAACACCAAUAUCUAUGGUAGCCCGACGACCAAUGUAGGAUGCGAGAGAAAGGAUGAUUAUGAAAUCAGUUUAUUUAGACCAUCGUCAUACGUUAGUAGCAAGUAGUGUCAGGCCCCUCUUCCCCACUGGGCACACUGGGCACGUGCAUAGGGCCCUGCAAUAGAUGGGGGAUCUAGUCUAGUCCAGUCCCUACUCCAUUACCAAUCGAUAACCGAUAGCUACUCUACUCUCCCUGAAAAUCAAUCUUAACAAAUGCUUACCGACUAUGGUCAAUUUGUUCGUUUUUGUUCUUUUUUUUAUAAAUAGACAUUUAUAAAAGAAAUCAUUUUUGAACAUUUUUAAAUGUCUAUUUAUAAAAAAAAUAAAAAAACGAGCAAGAACUUAAACCCCUCAUCACACAACGACUUUUUAAAAUUAUUUUCACUGGUUUGUUUUGAAGGUAGGGCAUCCCCAUAUACCUCUCUAAAGAGUCAUGUUCAAAAAUGACUUUGUCUAUUCUAACAAAAUAGUGCUUUAAUAUGGUCAUAGGGGGUCGACCACAUUAUCCUAAUGUGCUCAGGUCCUCUAAUAGGUGAAAGACGGCCCUGAAGGCGCUAAGGUAUUAACCUUAGAGUGACACUAUUCAGGCAAUUCAAGGCAAUAAUUUGGGCAACCUGACAGCCGACGCGAUUGUAUAUCAAUACAGUCGGUCAACUGUCAGGUUGCCAUGCAACAAAGUUGGACAGACCUCGACUGGUUUAUCUUAAAAGAGGGUGAGACUGACAACUGACCGACUAGACCGAGUGUAAGGGCAAUUGUGACACACUUGAGAAUACCAUUUUUCUGUUGUACCUUCUUUGUUUAAGAUAUAAACUAUUUUUUAUUGUAAUUAAUUGUAACACCUGUAUACUCUUACUUAGCUUAUAUUUUUAGAUUUAAUU